AUGGUACAAACGCAUGAAAAAACUGCAACUAGUCCAGUUAAUAUUGCCGUCAUAAAAUAUUGGGGAAAGAGAGAUACGGAAUUGAUAUUACCAAGCAAUUCAUCAAUUUCAAUUACAUUUUCAAAAGAACACUUACAAAGUAAAACCACGAUUAGAGCAUCACCAUUAUUUGAAAAAACGCGGUUAUGGCUUAACGGUAUCGAAGAGAUCAACGUUAUCAACAACAAACGGUUACAGAAUUGUUUUAGAGAAACAAAACUCUUACGUAAAGAGUAUGAAGACAAACUUAGUAAAGAAAUUGGUAUAGAUAAUGUAAUACCAUUAUCCACUUAUCAUUUACACAUUUGUUCGGUAAACAAUUUUCCUACAGCGGCAGGUUUAGCUAGUUCGGCAUCAGGAUUUGCUUGUUUGGUUUAUACUUUAUCACAAUUAUAUGAAUUACCCGUAUCCGCUACGGAAUUAUCAAAGAUCGCAAGGCAAGGUUCCGGUUCGGCUUGUCGUUCCUUAUUUGGUGGAUUUGUUAGUUGGCAGAUGGGAUCAAAACAAGAUGGAUCUGAUAGUCAAGCGUUACAAAUCGCUUCCUCUGAUCAUUGGCCUGAAUUAGAAGUAUUAAUUUGUAUAAUAAGUGAUGCAAAGAAAGGGACGUCUAGUACCGAAGGGAUGCAAAGUACUGUUAAAACUUCAACACUUCUUCAACAUCGUAUUAAUAAUGUUGUACCUGAACGUAUGAAAUUAAUGACAAAUUCGAUUUUGCGAAAGGAUUUUAACAAGUUUGCUGAAUUAACCAUGAAAGAUUCAAAUCAAUUUCAUGCUUGCUGUCUUGAUACCUUUCCUCCCAUUUUUUAUCUUAAUGAUACUUCUCGUGCCAUAAUUAGUGUCAUCACUGAAUAUAAUGAUAAAUCUGGUGAAUAUAAAGCUGCUUAUACCUUUGAUGCCGGUCCUAAUGCUGUAAUUUAUGCUUUAAAACGAAAUAUUCCCGAAAUUAUUAAUUUAAUUUCCAAAUAUUUUCCUCCAAAUCAAGAUAAUCAAACAUUUUUUUCGGAUCCUUCUAAAUUAUUUUCGGAUAAAAAAAAAUUAGGUAAAUUACCUUUACCCGCUAAUUUUAAUGAAAAUAUUAUUCCUGUUUUUCCUAAUGAUAGUGUUAAACAAAUUUUACACACUUGUGUUGGAAAUGGUCCGAGGGUCAAAAAGGAUGAAAGUUUAUUAAAUGCUGCUGGGUUUCCAAAAACUUUAAAAUAG